CGCGGCCGCCUCGCGCCUGCCGCUUCCUUUCGCCGCCGCCAUCUUGGGAGCAGCAGCAGCCGCAGCAUGCCGCCCAAGGACGACAAGAAGAAGAAGGACGCGGGCAAGUCCGCCAAAAAGGACAAGGACCCGGUCAACAAGUCCGGUGGCAAGGCCAAGAAGAAGAAGUGGUCCAAGGGGAAAGUGAGAGACAAGUUGAACAAUCUUGUCCUGUUUGACAAGGCCACUUACGACAAGCUGUGUAAAGAAGUACCCAAUUACAAACUCAUCACACCGGCAGUUGUCUCAGAAAGACUGAAGAUUCGAGGUUCUUUGGCUAGGGCUGCUCUCCAAGAACUGCUCAGCAAAGGUUUGAUCAAACUGGUGUCCAAGCACCGAGCCCAAGUGAUCUACACUAGAAACACAAAAGGUGGAGAUGCGCCUGCUGCAGGGGAGGAUGCAUAGGAAGGUUCUCCAGUGACCUCUUCAACAAUAUAUCGUAUGUAGAUGCACACAAUAAAAUUAUUGAAAUAAUUUUUCAUGCUUCUUUUUCAA